GUCGAGUUGCGCAUGUGCAGCUUGUUUAAUGGAAUCUUGGCGGUCGUCUUCGCCUCUUUUUUAGCUAUUUACGGGGGUUUUUCUAUUGAUGUUCGAAUAUUUUAAUUCGCCGUACGUUGGUCGGUUAAUGUUAGUAACGUAAUUAAUAGAGCACCACGCAAUGGAAAAACGCAUCGAAUUAGAGAAAAGGGGCAAAAACCCGGCGCAGAUCACAGAACUGAAUCUGGACAACUGCAGGAGCACAACUAUAGUGGGACUCACAGACGAGUUCGAGAAUCUCGAGAUCCUCUCUUUGAUCAAUGUCGGUUUGACCUCCCUGAAGGGGUUCCCCAAGCUUCCGAACUUGAAGAAGCUCGAAUUGAGCGACAACAGAUUGACCGGAGGUUUCGACAUUCUGGAAACCAGUCCCAAACUGUCCUACCUUAACUUGAGCGGCAAUAAAGUCAAAGACAUUGAAUCGUUGGAGUUCCUGAAGAUGUUCAAGAACCUGCGGCACCUCGACCUGUUCAAUAACGAGGUGACCAACGUGGAAAACUACCGGGAGAAGAUCUAUAAGAUGAUUCCCAACUUGAAAUAUUUGGAUGGGUACGAUGCUGAAGACGAGGAGGAGAGUGAGGUUGAGGAUUGUGAGGAGGUCAAUGGUAACGGGGAGGAGGGCGAUGAUUCUAAUGAGGAUGAAGAGGAACUCUCCUUUGAUGAGGAGGAUGAGUUGGACGAAAGUGUGGGUCUAGGGAUGGUUUACUCGGAACAUAUUGAUGAUCUGUCCGAUGAGGAGGACUACGAGGUUGAGGAAGGGGAGGAGGAGGACGAGGAGAUCGAUGACGAGGAAGAGGAAGAAGAUACUCAGAAUCUCUCCACCUCAAGCGCAAAAGGAAAAAAGAGGAAGCACGAGGACGGAGAGGACGACGAUUAAACAACAAACAACUUCUACUCGCAUCCGUACAUCAAACAACCACAAAUCGGGACGAUCGGCGUCUUUACGUUUUCGGUUUACAAUUGAGCCUUCGGCCCUUUUUUACGGUGCGAUGGCACUUUAUCGUAAGUGGUGCCGCGCCGAUUGCUAAACGAGGUCCAGGUCGUACCGAAGGCUUUAAAAAACCGUUCAUACAACUUCGAAAGGUGCGACAACGAGUCGUCGCGAUAAAAAAUUGCGAGAGUCGAAUGCGACCCUUAAUUGUCCCGGUUUAACGUUUAAAGUUGUAAUAUACAUAAUAUUUAAAAAAAAAAAAAGAACUGAUAUAAUAAUAAUAAUGAUAAUGAUAAUAAUAAAGUCGUGUUUUAAAAAUGUUUAUUUUUAACUUAACGGGGGUAAGGGGCGGUUUUUUUUUUAUACGUCGGCAGGGUCAUAACUAUUUUUCAUAUUGAAAAAUUCGCGCCGGCACUUUUUUGUUUUUUUUCUUGUUAUUAUUAAUGUGGGUGAAGUAAAGAAAUACCUACGUGCGAUUCAUACAAAUCGGUUGAUUAGUAGUGAAGUAAGAAGACAUUUUGCAAAAUGGGCCUUUUUGGAAGUGAUUUUUUGUAAAUUUUUAAAUAAAGUCAUUUCUACUGGACCGAAAUUAUUCGUUCACCCCUUAAAAGUUGCAGAAUGUUCUUCCAAAGCUUUUAAGGGUAAAAUCACACAAAUCCAUUCAUCAGAAGUGAAGUUAUAAGACUUUUUGCAAAAUGGGCCUUUUUAGAAGUGAUGUUUUGUAAAUUUCUGGAUAAAGUCAGUUCUACUGCACCGAAUUAAUUCGUUCACCCCUUAAAAGUUGCAGAAUGUUCUUCCAAAGCUUUUAAGGGUAAAAUCACACAAAUCCAUUCAUCAGAAGUGAAGUUAUAAGACUUUUUGCAAAAUGGGCCUUUUUGCAAGGAAUUUUUUGUAAAUUUCUGGAUAAAGUCAGUUCUACUGCACCGAAUUAAUUCGUUCACCCCUUAAAAGUUGCGGAAUGUUCUUCCAAAGCUUUUAAGGGUAAAAUCACACAAAUCCAUUCAUCAGAAGUGAAGUUAUAAGACAUUUUGCAAAAUGGGCCUUUUUGCAUGGGAUUUUUUGUAAAUUUUUGGAUAAAGUCAGUUCUACUGGACCGAAUUAAUUCGUUCACCCCUUAAAAGUUGCGGAAUGUCCUUCCAAAGCUUUUAAGGGUAAAAUCACACAAAUCCAUGCAUCAGAAGUGAAGUUAUUAAAUAUUUUACAAAAUGGGCCUUUUUGGAAGUGAUUUUUUGUAAAUUUUUGUAUAAAGUCAGUUCUAUUGGUCCGAAUUAAUUCGUUCACCCCUUAAAAGUUGCGGAAUGUUCUUCCAAAGCUUUUAAGGGUAAAAUGACACAAAUCCAUGCAUUAGAAGUGAAGUUAUUAAAUAUUUUACAAAAUUAGCCUUUUUGAAAGUCAUUUUUUGUAAAUUUUUAAAUAAAGUCACUUCUACUGGACCGAAUUAAUUCGUUCACCCCUUAAAAGUUGCGGAAUGUCCUUCCAAAGCUUUUAAGGGUAAAAUCAACCAAAUCCGUUCAUCAGAAGUGAAGUUAUAAGGCAUUUUACAAAAUGAGCCUUUUUAGAAAGGAUUUUUUGUAAAUUUUUGAAUAAAGUCAGUUCUACUGCACCGAAUUAAUUCGUUCACCCCUUAAAAGUUGCAGAAUGUUCUUCCAAAGCUUUUAAGGGUAAAAUCACACAAAUCCAUUCAUCAGAAGUGAAGUUAUAAGGCAUUUUACAAAAUGAGCUUUUUUGAAAGUGAUUUUUUGUAAAUUUUUAAAUAAAGUCAGUUCUACUGGACCGAAUUAGUUCGUUCACCCCUUAAAAGUUGCGGAAUGUCCUUCCAAAGCUUUUAAGGGUAAAAUCACCCAAAUCCAUUCAUCAGAAGUGAAGUUAUACGACAUUUUACAAAAUAAGUCUUUUUAAAAGGGAUUUUUUGUAGAUUUCUGGAUAAAGUCAGUUCUACUGGACCGAAUUAAUUCGUUCACCCCUUAAAAGUUGCGGAAUGUUCUUCCAAAGCUUUUAAAGGUAAAAUGACACAAAUCCAUGCAUCAGAAGUGAAGUUAUUAAAUAUUUUACAAAAUGGGCCUUUUUGGAAGGGAUUUUUUGUAAAUUUCUGGAUAAAGUCAGUUCUACUGGACCGAAUUAAUUCGUUCACCCCUUAAAAGUUGCGGAAUGUCCUUCCAAAGCUUUUAAGGGUAAAAUCACACAAAUCCAUUCAUCAGAAAUGAAGUUAUAAGGCAUUUUACAAAAUGGGCCUUUUUGGAAGGGAUUUUUUGUAAAUUUUUGGAUAAAGUCAGUUCUACUGGACCGAAUUAGUUCGUUCACCCCUUAAAAGUUGCGGAAUGUUCUUCCAAAGCUUUUAAGGGUAAAAGCACACAAAUCCAUGCAUCAGAAGUGAAGUUAUAAGGCAUUUUGCAAAAUUAGCCUUUUUUCAAGGGAUUUUUUUGUAAAUUUCCGGAUAAAGUCAUUUCUACUGGACCGAAUUAUUUGAUUCACCCCUUAAAAGUUGCGGAAUGUCCUUCCAAAGCUUUUAAGGGUAAAAUCAACCAAAUCCGUUCAUCAGAAGUGAAGUUAUAAGGCAUUUUACAAAAUGGGCCUUUUUGAAAGGGAUUUUUUGUAAAUUUUUGGAUAAAAUCAGUUCUACUACACCGAAUUAAUUGGUUCACCCCUUAAAAGUUGCGGAACGUUCUUCCAAAGCUUUUAAGGGUAAAAUCACAGAAAUCCAUUCAUGAGAACUGAAGUUAUAAGAGAUUAUACAAAAUUACCCGUAGAAGAAACUUUUUAUUUAAAUUUCUUUUCCAGACAAUCAUCAUACUUAAUUUAACUCGUUGUUCGUUGCAUUUAAUUUAAUUUCGGGUCCCUUUGAUCGUUCUCAUUCAGGGUCAGAGUCUCUCAUUCGGACAACACUAAAUAAUCUGUUAAAUAUUUUAUUUUAGUGAUGAUUUUACCAGUAAUUAAUGCAAUUUCGGGAUUUUAAUAUAAAUUGUCACCCAAUUGGUUUCCUGGAAAUUCGAACCGUAACACCACGACAAAACCCAUUCAGUAAUUAAGAGUGUAAGUAAUAUUUAAAAAACAACAUUUGAACACACAAUCAUAACCUCAAAAAUGACUUAAUAAUUGAGAUUUAAUAAAAUUUAACUGAAGCAUUCCGCUCAACCAAAAUAAGGACGGAAUCCUAUGGCCGCUUUCGGGUAAAUUAAAAGUCAAUGGUGGCCGAGUCGGGACGUCUGGGCGGCCAAUAAAAUUGUCGAAGUUCACUGGACUCUUCUUGGAUGCUAUUGGUCGGCGGUAAACCUUGAUCUAAGCCUUAUAGUCCGGGCGUUUAUGUACUAAAUACUUCACAUAAUUGCCGCUGUAGGAGAUUAAUUAUGUACAUAUCCUGCAGGGUUUUGAGGCACUUUAUUUGUUUAUAAAAUCAAAUCGUUGUUGGAAAGAUCCUUGAGAAACUCUGACUCUUGUAAUAAACAAUAGAAAAAUGCCUUCGAUACGGCCCUGGUUUAGUUUAGUUUAAUUCUGUCAUUUUUCACUAGUUACGUUUGUAAAGUUUAAACUUUUAGCCCUAAAGACGCUCGAAUGUAACAACUUCCUGUUAAUUAAUGUUCUCUCAAUAUUUAAGACUCUUUGUUAAAAUCGUCGACUCGAUCCCAUUUUUCCUUUUCUUUUUUCAUUUUAUUGUUUUGUUUGUAAUUUUAACCGUUAAAUAUUAUUAUAAGUAUUAAAUAUAAAAACAAAAUAACCCACAUAAUAUUAUAUUAAAUUAAAAUUUUAGCACUUAGGUUUUCUUUUUUUCGUUUUUAUAUAGAGCCUAAUGAUUUCCGAAUAAAUUUAAUAUUUUUCUUGAAUUAAAAAAUCGCCUUAUCAAAG